UAGCGCCAGGGAACGCUGUGCAAUGACGAGGCGACAUCUGCGAAUCCCGACCCAGGCGUCUGGGCCAAGCCCCCACCGGCCGCCGGGGCUGCCACAGCCCCCUCGCGGGGGCGCCCGAGCAGCCGCCGCCCGCCGGACCCGCCCGCCGCCCCGCCGGAAGUGCUCUCCGGCCCGCUGCGCGGCGCCGCGGGAAGAUGGCGCAGGAGGCCGGCGACAUGGAAGAUGGGCAGCUUUCCGACUCGGAUUCCGACAUGACGGUGGCACCCAGCGAGAGGCCGCUGCCGGUGCCGAAAGCACUAGGUGGGGACUGCGCAGUGAGGCCCUUCCCGGGUACUGCAGCAGUGUGUGCGCCGGUAUCACAUUAUCGGACUGUGAAAAGUGUGGAUUCAAGUGAAGAGAGUUUUUCAGAUUCAGAUGAUGAUAGCUCUCUCUGGAAACGCAAGCGACAGAAAUGCUUCAAUAUUCCUCCCAAACCAGAGCCUUUUCAGUUUGGCCAGAGCAGCCAGAAACCACCUGUUGCUGGAGGGAAGAGGGUUAACAACAUAUGGGGUGCAGUGCUGCAGGAACAGAAUCAAGAUGCAGUGGCCACUGAACUUGGUAUCUUGGGAAUGGAGGGCACUAUUGACAGAAGCCGACAAUCCGAGACCUACAAUUACUUGCUUGCUAAGAAACUUAAGAGGGAAGCUCAAGAACAUACAAAAGAAUUAGACAAAGAGCUGGAUGAAUAUAUGCACGGUGGCCAAAAAACGGGAUCAAAGGAGGAGGAAAACGGGCAAAGUCAUCUCAAAAGGAAGCGACCUGUCAAAGACAGACUAGGAGACAGACUAGAAAUGAACUAUAAAGGCCGAUAUGAGAUCACAGAGGAUGAUUCUCAAGAGAAAGUGGCUGAUGAAAUUUCUUUCAGGUUGCAGGAACCAAAGAAAGAUUUGAUCGCCCGAGUAGUGAGGAUAAUUGGGAACAAAAAGGCGAUUGAACUUCUGAUGGAGACUGCUGAAGUUGAACAAAAUGGUGGCCUUUUUAUAAUGAAUGGUAGCCGAAGAAGAACACCUGGUGGAGUUUUCCUGAAUCUCCUGAAAAACACUCCUAGUAUCAGUGAGGAACAAAUUAAGGACAUUUUCUACCUUGAAAAUCAAAAGGAAUAUGAAAAUAAAAAAGCUGCUAGGAAGAGGAGAACACAAGUGUUGGGAAAAAAGAUGAAGCAAGCUAUUAAAAGUCUGAAUUUUCAAGAAGACGAUGAUACAUCUCGAGAGACUUUUGCAAGUGACACAAAUGAGGCCCUGGCCUCUCUUGAUGAAUCACAGGAAGGACACGGAGAAACAAAGCUGGAUGCAGAGGAAGCCAUUGAGGUUGAUCAUUCUCAUGAUUUAGACAUCUUUUAGUACAUUUUGUGUACUUCUCAACUAGUGUUGUAAUAAACCAUUUCUACUGAGAUUGCUUUAUUUUACUUUGCACUGAUGAACAUGAAAAUCUGGAGAGAAAACUUUUUUUUUUUAAAUAAAUGAGUAUAUAGGGAGAUGGAUGUGAUUGAUAAGGACAUUUAAAACUUCCUGAUGUCUGACAAAAUACUGAAAAGUAUAUAGCAGAGGAUUUAAUUUCUCAAUGUGUUGCAUGUACUAAUUAUUACUAGUUGAUCAGUUUUGUCCAAGUCAUUAUAACAUGCCAUCCAGAAGUUUUUCUGAUUUAUCUUUGCAGUGAAUUAUGAUUGAUUUCAAAACAUUCCAUUAAAAGAUCCUAAUAUGAUGUAAAUUGUUAAGCUAUUAUAAAUAUAUUCACAUUUAGUUUUUCUGUGUUCUGGGAACUCUUAGGCAGUUUUAAUGAUAGAGACUAAAAUUAAGUUUAUACUAGUGGCUCUUCCCACUUACUUGUUUGUCCAGAAGUAAAUAAACAUCAGAAGCAUUUCAAAUAAGUAUUGGUUCUUAACGUUAUUUUUGACUUCUUAUUAGUUACCUGGGUCAUAUACUAAAUUCUGAAAAUGAUCCAUACCUACAUAGUUACAAUGCCAUUUAAAAAAUUCCCAGUGGUGGCCUGCCUAAGAUUGUUUUACCUUAUGUUAAGGAAGUUAGGUAUUAAAAAUGUUUUGUCUGCAUGAUGUUUUAAAAUUAUUCAUUUUAAUUUAAGGAAAUAAAGAUAGUUUACUUAAGAUAACUCUAAGAAUUGACUAUAGUUUUCGAAAUAGGUUAAGCAAAAAUAUGUAGGAAGCAGUUAUUAACUUUUCUUUGCAGCAAUGUACUUGAAGUCUUUUCAGUAGUUUCUGAAAUACAUGAUCAUUGAAGUUGGAUCUAAGUAAGCAAGGAAGGAAGAGGAAAGUGGUUUUUGGUUGCUUUUUGUCGUAAGAAUGCAAAAAUAAAAUUGGAGUUUUGGCAGUCUUU